ACUCCCAGAAGUCACUCCAUCCGUGUGAACUUCAAAGUUCCAGAAGCUCCUCGCAACUUUCAGCCUGAUGUCUUGCAGCAAGUUGUGGCCCAGCAGUGCCCCAGCCCCACUGGUGCCCAUCGACUGCUUAAAGAACCCGAAGUUCAUCAGCCAAGGAGGGUUUGGCACAGUGUUCCGGGCAAAACACGAGAUAUUGGAUAUGAAAGUGGCAGUCAAGAUUGUGAAUUCGGAGGCGAUAUCCAGGGAAGUGAAGGCCAUGGCAAGUCUGCAUCACAAGAACGUGCUGCCCCUGGUGGGGGUCACCGAGGAGCUGAAUUGGGACCACGUGCCGAGGCCGGCUCUGGUGACUCCGUUUAUGGAGAACGGUUCCCUGGCAGGGCUGCUGCAACCCCAGUGCCCUCGGCCAUGGCCUCUUAUCUGCCGCCUGCUGCAGGAGGUGGUGCUUGGGAUGUGUUACCUGCACAGCCAGGACCCUGUGCUUCUGCACCGGGACCUGAAGCCCUCCAACGUCCUGCUAGACUCAGACCUGCAUGCCAAGGUGGCAGAUUUUGGCCUAUCCACAUUUUUGGGAGACGCACAGUCAGGGACAGGAUCUGUGGAGUCAAGGGGCACCACAGCCUACUUGGCCCCAGAACUGUUGGCUGAUAUAAACCAGAGGGCCUCUAUGGCCACUGAUGUCUACAGCUUCGGGAUCCUAAUGUGGGCCAUGCUCGCAGGAAGAGAAGCUGAGGUAGUGAACAAGACAUCAGUGGUGCGUGAAGCCGUGUGUGAAAAGCAGAUCCAGCCCCCACUUAAAGAGUUGCCCCAGCCUGGCCCUGAGACUCCUGGCUUGGAAGAACUGUUGAAGUUAAUGAAGCGCUGCUGGAGCCAUGAGCCCAAGCACAGGCCUUCUUUUCAAGAAUGCCAACCAAGCACUGAGGAAGCCCUCCACCUGGUACAAAACGGAGAUGUAACUGGUUCAAAAAUGGAUGCUGCAGUCUCCACAGUGAAGAAGUUCCUGUCUGAGCACAGGAACAGCAACAAGAGGUUGUCUGCCUCAGGAGGGACAGAAAUGGAUGGUCUUGGGGGAACCCCAGGAAGUUCUGAUUCCAUGGUUUCUUACAUGCUGAAAAACCUGAACCUGAAUGCGUCUUCCAGCUCUGUUUCUGAAAAAUGUACAAACCUUCCUGAGAAGACUGAGGCACAUAAAGAGCAGGUUCCACAUGCUUGGACAGCAGGGCCAUCUUCUGAUUCAACAGCCCAACCUCCCCCAACUUCAGAGGCCUCACUAUUCAGAAACCAGAGGCCCAGCCCCACCUUGGCUUGGACCACAGGUCCUGGACCCCAAGGAAAUCCGGAGGCUGAGAGAUGUGGCACUAACUGCCCUUCCAGAGAGCCAAGGCCAGAUCCAAUACCAGGGCCAUCGUCCGUUUCUAUCCAUAACAGUCAAGGGGUGCAGAUUGGAUACAACAACUUCAUGACGAUCCUAGGAGGAACUUCCUUAGAGACGGGGAAACUGCCACCUAGGGGCAUGGGUAGGGGCCAGCAGCGCACCCCCAAGUAGCUUCAAAAGAAGUGCUGCAAGAACCUGACGCCUGUACUGGGCCACAGGGCCAGGAUAAUGAUGCCAGAAAUGAAGGAAGCAACUAAACCACAUUCUGGCCGAGGCUUUCUUUGAGGACCAUCAGGCCUGCACCUGAACUGACUUUGUGUGCCCAGGAAUAAAUAAAGUGCUGGAAUUUUCACCAAAGUA